UAUAGACCCAACUGCUUUGUGGAAAAGGGUAACAAACCCACUGGUCCUCGUCGCUCGCUGCUUUUGGAACUACUUUUUCAUGGACACACAGAAUAAUGGAACCUCGUGUUUCAAAGGUGUCGUGUUCACAAAAGACGCAGGAGAUCCAGAAAAAAGGUGUGUCUGACCGUGAUCUAUAUCUGCAAAAACAUCAGUGUUACAACCUGACAUUAGUAAAUGUGCAUACACCCUGUGUCCAUGUUGGCAAGCUGCUGCGGUUUCUUUUUCCCAUAGAGGCUGAUGCCACCAUCUACUUAAAUUUUAUGAAGAGCCACAGCUGCUAUGACGCCAUUCCGAUCAGCUGUAAACUGGUCAUAUUUGAUACCACGUUACAAGUGAAAAAGGCCUUUUUUGCUCUGGUGGCAAACGGCUUAAGGGCGGCACCUCUAUGGGACAGCAAGUUGCAAAGAUUUGUGGGUAUGCUGACCAUCACAGAUUUCAUCAACAUCCUCCACUGCUACUACAAGUCCCCCUUGGUCCAAAUGUAUGGCCUGGAGAGCCACAAGAUCGAAACAUGGAGAGGUGAUUCACUUCAAAAUGUGUACUUACGGAAUCCUAGCCAUUACCUCAUCAGUAUUUCUCCAGAGGCUAGCCUCUUCGAUGCCAUCUAUUCCCUACUCAGAUACAGGAUCCACAGGCUGCCCGUCAUUGAUCCCGAGUCUGGGAAUGUCCUGCAUAUUCUGACCCACAAGAGAAUUCUCAAGUUCCUCCAUAUAUUUGGAAAAAAGGUUCCCAGGCCUGCAUUCAUCCAGAAGCAAAUCCAGGAGUUGGGGAUAGGAACGUUCAGGAAUAUCGCCACUAUCCAGCAGACAGCAUCCCUUUAUGAUGCCCUCUCCAUAUUUGUGGAGAGGCGGGUGUCAGCUCUUCCAGUGGUGGAUGAACAAGGCAAAGUGGUAGCACUCUACUCAAGAUUUGAUGUCAUUAAUCUGGCCGCCCAGAAGACUUACAACGAUCUGGACAUAACAAUGCAAGACGCUAUUCGCAGGCGAAAAUGUUGUGUUGAAGGUGUGAUCACCUGCUUCCCAGAAGAUACUUUAGAAGUGAUUAUAGACCGGAUAGUUGAAGCUGAGGUCCAUCGGCUGGUUCUGGUGGACAGGGCUGAUGUGGUAAAGGGCAUUAUCUCUCUGUCUGACCUCCUGCAGGCCUUGGUUCUAACGCCUGUGGGCAUUGAUGCCCUUCUGUCCUAGCAUUGGUUGGUAAAUGUUCCCCUCUUCUGCUUCAUUACUUGUGCAGGACUUAUUGGCACUGUGCAGAGGCAGGUAGGCUCACAAGAAAGAAAGAAAACUCAAAUGAAGUCGUGAAAUCAAUGCCAUUGAUUUUGUAAUUAUGCUAAUUGCAAACAAUGAUCAUACUUAACUUGUCUUUCAGAAAUGGCAUUCAAAUGACAAAAGGAGGGCAAGUUCCCUGGUUGUCCUGGUGUUUUCCAUCUUGUCUACCAUGAUCAGUUCUUUUUUUUCUUUUUCAAAAUAAAAGUUAAGGAGAGUUGACUUUUCUGCCCUAAUGGAUUUCAGGUUGCCUUUGGGCAAUGGCCACCAUGGUGAAGGCACAAUUUGUUGAAACGGACUGUUCAACAUGUGUUUGCUUUUUAUAUGAAUUUGUUUAAACUGUUUCUGAUGUGUUGUCUUUAAUAAGACUCCUACAUAAUAACAAUGUGUUUUUGUUAAUUACAUGGAAAAGCCACUGCAUGGCGUAACACCCCCUUUUUCUUAUCUGUGACGACCCUUAUGAUUCCUCCGCCCACCAUCAUUGGAUCACGUUAGUAACUAGACCGGAAAUACACUUGUCCUUCAACAUAAAACAAACCACAUCCCAGCAUUUGACACAUUCACAAAAUAUAAUAAAUGUUCCACAUUUGUACUUGUUUGAAAAAAUGAUUUACUGCUUUUUAUGUCCAUUUUAAAAUCACAACAUUGAGAUAAAGGUAACUUCAACACGGUUUACUAAUAAAAAUCUAUUUUAUUCAUG